AUGGGUUCAAUUGCAAUCGAAGAGUUGGUUGAAAGGAAGCGGACCGUGGAUGGCAUGAAUCAUUUACACCAUGGUGAGUUGAAUGGUGUAUCCACUGCACCUAUCAAUGCUGGUCCCAAACCACACGAUGUGCCUCCCCCCAUCGCAAUCGUGGGCAUGGCAAUGAGGCUUCCAGGGGGCAUCAAUUCCGCGGAAGAAUUUUGGGAGUUCCUUGUUAAUAAAGGAGAUGCGCGCGGACGGGUCCCUCAGUCACGAUUUAAUAUCGAUGCUUUCCACAAUAGCUCAAAACCUGGCUCAGUCAAAACGGAGUAUGGCUAUUUUUUACAUGAAGAUCCAGCAUAUGUAGACGCGCCUUUUUUCUCCAUGAGCAAAUAUGAAGCGGCAAAGCUAGACCCGCAACAGAGACUACUACUUGAAGUAGUCUGGGAAUGCUUAGAGACUGGCGGCCAAACCGGAUGGCGUGGGAAAGACAUUGGGUGUUUCGUUGGUUCCUUUGGAGAGGAUUGGUUAGAUAUGUCAAGUAAAGAUACUCAAGAUAUUGACAGAAUUCGAGCUCUUGGUACCGGAGAUUUCGCUCUCUCGAAUCGCGUCUCUUAUGAGUAUGACUUAAAAGGUCCCAGCAUCACAUUUCGAACCGGCUGCUCAUCUUCUAUGGUCGCUUUACAUGAGGCAUGCCGUUCUCUCUAUUCAGGAGAAUGCUCUGCUGCUGUUGUUGCCGGAACCAACCUUGUUCUUGCCCCGACCAUGUCAACCACGAUGUCUGACAACAUGGUUCUGUCGCCUAAUGGAAUUUGCAAAUCUUUUGACGCCGAAGCCGAUGGCUAUGGGAGAGGUGAGGCAAUCAAUGCUGUCUAUGUUAAACUACUUAACGACGCAAUCAGAGAUGGCGAUCCUAUUCGUGCUAUCAUUCGCUCGACUACAACCAACUGUGACGGCAAAACACCCAAUAUCACAACACCUGGAGCGGAAACUCAGGAAUACCUUAUACGGCAGGCCUACAGCCAGGCUAAGAUUCAUGAUAUCUCAGAAACUGCCUUUUUUGAGUGUCAUGGAACUGGAACGGUUAUAGGUGAUACUACAGAGCUAUCGGCUGUCGCUACUCUUUUCCAAGGCAAAGGUGUUUAUAUUGGGGCGGUCAAACCCAAUGUAGGACACUCGGAGGGCGCCUCAGGGCUAACAGGAAUCAUCAAAGCAGCGUUGGCGCUUGAGAACAAGACUAUACCACCAAACAUACAUUUUAAUAACCCAAACCCGAAAAUACCAUUUGAGAAUGCUAAGCUCCAAGUGCCUGUGGAACCAACCCCUUGGCCACUGGAUCGCAGUGAGCGAGUUAGCAUCAACUGUUUCGGGAUAGGUGGGACAAACGUACAUACUAUCUUGGAUUCCACUCUAUCGUUUUUACCAGCAAAGGAUGGCCAUAACGCUCUUUCUGAAAAGCCUAAUGGGCCUCGACUUCUGGUUCUAUCUGCAAAUUCACAACAUUCACUCCAAAGACAGAUCGAAAACCUGACCUCUUACGUAGAAAGUCGGCCCGGAAUUUCUAAUGAUGAUUUAUGCUUUACCUUAGGUAGUAGAAGAGAACACCUCAAACAUCGGGCGUUUACGGUCCUCAAGGACGAAAAAACUAUUAAUGCAGAGAACUUUGAGAUGUCUUCGUCCACCAAGGAAAGGAGUAUAGUAUUUAUCUUCACUGGCCAAGGAGCGCAAUGGCCGGGUAUGGGUAAACAGCUACUCUUGGAAUUUGAUACCUUCCGGGGUGACAUUAGGGCCAUGGAUAGAGCUUUGCAAGCUCUACAGGAUCCACCUUGUUGGAGCAUAGAAGAGGAGCUUUUGAAUACUAGCGAUCCCGCGAGGAUUGAUGACCCCGAAUUCGCGCAAACUCUUUGCACGGCUGUGCAAAUGGGCCUAGCAAACCUGUUGAAUAAGUGGGGAAUUAUUUCCUCCGCAGUGAUCGGUCAUUCGAGCGGUGAAAUCGCUGCUGCGUACACUUCUGGUGCGAUUACCAUGGAGUCAGCUAUUAUAAUAUCCUACUAUCGUGGACAGGUAGCAAAAUCAAUUCUUAACAUUAAGGGAAACGUACGGGGUGGUAUGGCUGCCGUUGGGCUCGGCCCCGAAAAAGUGAAGCGUUUUUUGAUAAACGGCGUGGUUAUUGCGUGUGAAAACAGUCCCCAAAGUGUGACACUUUCUGGGGAUAGUGAUAAGCUCGACAAGGUUCUUGCUGAGAUUCAAUCUACCGACAAAGAGAUUUUCUGCAGACGUCUUCGUGUGGAGAUUGCUUAUCACUCCUAUCAUAUGCAAAGCUUGGCCGAGCUAUACCAUGAUCUUAUAAAACCUUACAUAACCUUCAGAAAUACCAUGAUUCCCCUUCACUCUAGUGUGACGGGUAAAAUUGUUAUCGAACCAUCUCAGCUGGAUGCAAGCUACUGGGUUCAGAAUUUAUUAUCGCCCGUCUUGUUUUCGGCUGCAGUUGCGACAAUUUUCAAUGGAAACGAUGCAGGCGCCGCAUUCCUCGAAAUUGGCCCACAUUCGGCCCUUUCUGGCCCCAUUAGACAAAUAUUCGACAGUUAUAAACCUAAGCCAGAUGCGAUCUAUAUUCCUACUCUUAUCCGCGGAGACGAUCAGGUAAUAAACUUGUUGGCCGCAGCCGGGAGAGUGUACCUGAAGGGUAACUCAGUUCUAUUCUCAGCGAUUAAUGGCCCUGGUACUGUGCUGACGGACCUUCCAACAUAUCCAUGGCAGCAUAAUCAAAAAUACUGGGACGAGAGCCGAGUAUCACAACGUUGGAGGAAUCGUCGACAUCCCCAUCAUGAGAUCCUGGGCUCACGUAUUUACGAAUCAAGUGACCUAGAUCCCACAUGGAGGAACUUACUACGUGUGGAAAAUACCCCUUGGAUUUGGGACCACAGAUUGAAUAAGAAGAUCGUAUUUCCAUGUGCGGGCUACAUUGCCAUGGCCGGAGAAGCUAUCUACCAAGUUUCAGGAUCUCAUGAUUAUUCAAUCAAGAAUCUAUUCAUGAAGACAGCUCUCACCUUAGAAGAUUAUUCAGUGAUAGAACUUGUUACCAGCUUGCAUCCUGUACGGCUCACUGAUACUGCUGACUCGAAGUGGUAUGACUUUACGAUUAGUUCUUGUAACGACAAUGUUUGGCAAAAACACUGUACAGGUCGUAUACGAUCGGGGGACACAGAAGGGUGCCCACUCACACAAGAUAGAAGGCUCUUUUCUAGACAAAUACAGCCUGACCAGUGGUACUCCGCACUAAGUAAUCGAGGCUUAGACUAUGGCCCUCGGUUUAGGGGAUUGGAAGAUAUUACAGCUGACCCAGUUACUUAUCGAGCCACUGCGGUCAUUACUGACGACGAGGAUCUACAUGAUAGCAACUACAGCCUUCACCCAACUACAAUUGACCAGUGCUUGCAGCUUUUCAGUGUGGCUUUUACACAUGGCAUCCCUCGACAAAUGACCAAACUCAGCAUUCCUAUCUCAAUUGAGAAAAUUUACAUUAACAGAGGGGGGGCAUCAAUGUCAGUCCAGGCCGAAGGCAUUGGAAGUUCCAGCAGCAUGGCAAGCGGAAACGUACUUAUGUCAUCAGAAGCGGAGGCUGUACUGUGGAUGAAAGGAGCUCAGUUCUUUACUGUUGAUGAUGAGAAUGCAAACGAGCUCAAUUCCCGCCUCGUGUCGCGAUGUCAAUGGAAACAAGAUAUUGACUUUGUACCUACAGCGGAAUUACUGCCUCCUAUCCCGUCAGAUUUAUGCUCUCGGGUCCUAAUUGGAAAGCUGUCUAGCCUUUCAGUUAUCGAGUGUUCAAAUCGAAUAAAAAAUUUGACUACCGAAUCCCCGCACUUAAUUAAAUAUCAAGAGUGGAUCGUAUCUCAGGCAAAUCGAAUGAGUGAAGGACUGGAUGAGCUUGUUCCAGAAGGUCCACAGUGGGCAGCAGCUUCUUCUGAAGCUCGUCUAGCGAUCAUGGAAUCUAUGAGGCGGGAGCUGGAGAUAGAGUCUCCAAUUGCAGCAACCCUAAUCAAUACCUCUCAAAGGGUUCUUGAAAACAGUCCCAUGAUUAUAGAAGGCAAGAUCGGCGCACUUGAAGUUCUCAUGGAGAAUGAUGGGCUGAAGGAGGUGUAUGAAAACGGAUCUCCGUUGGCAGAUUGGCCCGAGUUUUUGACGUUGCUCAGUCACUCAAAUCCUCAGCUGAGAGUUCUGGAAAUAGGCGCCGGAGUUGGAUCGGCCACUGCCAAAGCUUUGAGAAGUCUAACCCUCGCAGGGGGUACACGUAUGUAUUCUAAGUAUACAUUUACUGACAUAUCUCCUGGUGUGCUACCAUCAGCGAAAGAGAGGUUUAAAGAUUUUGAGGAAAUCGAGUACUCAAUACUCGAUAUUACACGAGAUCCAACGACGCAAGGAUUUAAAACUGAAAGUUUCGAUUUGAUUAUUGCUUCAAAUGUACUUCAUGCAACACCAGUUCUAACUGCUGCCCUGAAAAACGUGCGAGCUCUUCUUGCCCCCGGUGGUCGUUUUCUGCUAGAGGAGCUUUGCCCAGACGAUGGCCGAGGUACUGCUCCCUAUGUCACUCCUGAACGAUGGGAUCGGGAACUUCGAGAGAGUGGUUUUACGGGCAUUGAGGCAACCAGAUACGAUAGUGAAUAUCCAUAUCAUUUCGGUGCCGAUAUGAUAACACGGCGAGCUGAAGAUUGCCCGGAUAAAGGAGACGUGUAUCUCCUUCACCACUCCAAACCCCACCAUUGGGGGCAUAUGGUGGAAUCUUUCCUUUCUGAGAAGGGCUAUGCAGUUCAUUGGUGUAUAUUAGACCAAGUUCCAGCAAAUAAAACUGUUAUAUCACUGCUGGACUUGGACGGCCCAUUUUUUGACAACAUUUCGGAGGAAGACUUCCGCGCAUUCCAAACAUGUAUGUCCACCAGGAGCAACUGCCGGAUUCUCUGGGUAACACGGGGGAGCCAACUUGAAUGUGCGGAUCCUCGAUAUGGUUUGGUCUUGGGCCUCGCUCGAACGCUUAGAUUCGAGAUGGACGUAGACUUUUCUACGAUCGAAGUUGAUAGGUUUGAUAAAAACACUGCCAUUUCCCUCUGCCAUGUGCUGGAAAAGAUCCAGAGGAACCGAGAGAAACACUGGUUGGACCCAGAGUAUGAAUUCUUUUUACAGAAUGACAUUGUGCACAUCGGCAGAUUUUAUUGGACUCCGCUGAACGAAGAAAAGGCCACAGCCAAUAGAAGAAACAUGUCCAGAUUUCUAGACAUCGGGACAUAUGGCCUUUUAGACUCAAUUUUCUGGGCUGAAGAAGAAGAACCCCCGGUUGGAGAAGACGAGAUUGGUGUGGAUAUAAAGUAUGUUGGGCUAAAUUUCAGGGAUAUCAUGGUGUCGUUAGGAGCUAUGGGUGAUAAACGCGAAUUUGGGAUCGAGAGUACAGGAGUCAUCUCUAAGAUUGGAUCGAAAGUGAAGGACAUGCAAGUUGGACAAAGGGUUCUUCUUACCAGCUCAGGUGUCCUUCGCUCGUUUAAGGUGAUACCAGCAAAGCGCUGUAUCCCUGUCUCCGACGACCUAUCUUUAGAGGAUGCAGCGACAAUGAUAUCAGUAUAUGCUACUGUGAUACAUUCUCUCAUGCGCCUUGGGAACCUUCAGAAAGACCAGUCAGUAUUGAUCCAUUCUGCUUGCGGUGGUGUUGGUUUGGCAGCUAUCCAACUCUGUCGGAUAAUUGGAGCUGAGAUUUAUGUGACCGUUGGAAAUGAACAGAAACGAAAUUAUCUUAUAGAGAAACUUCAGAUCCCUGAAGACCAUAUAUUCAAUUCAAGGAGCACCUCAUUCCUCACUGAUAUCAUGCGAGAGACCGGCGGUAGAGGGGUUGAUAUUGUUUUAAACUCUUUAUCUGGCGAACUAUUGCAUGCUUCGUGGAAGUGUGUUGCAGAACUUGGUCGGAUGAUCGAGCUAGGAAAGCGAGAUAUCCUGGGCCAUGCUCAGCUAAGUAUGGAUGGAUUCUCAGGAAAUAGAGCUUAUUUCGGAGUUGAUCUAUAUAGACUUGGUGAGACAAGUGAGGGGGCACUUAGAAAGCUGUUCCAACAAGUUAUCGACUUUUAUCAGGAGGGAAAGAUCCAUCCAAUUCGUCCGAUAACCGUCUUUGAGGCUGGUGAGGUUAUUGAUGCCUUCCGGUACAUGCAGACCGGUAAACAUAUGGGCAAAAUUCUGGUAAAAAUGCCUGACAACCCAUCGGAGAUACCGCUCACCAAGGGCUGCCAAACCAUCAAUUUAUCCCCCCAUGGCUCCUAUCUACUGGUGGGCGGACUCGGCGGACUCGGUCGUGCCGUCACGACGUGGAUGGUUGAAAAGGGGGCCAGGCACUUCAUUUUCUUGUCACGAUCAGCUGGAGAAUCUGAUUCAGACAAAGCUUUCCUACACGAGCUAGCUGCUCAGGAGUGUACUGCCACUGUAGUUAAAGGGAGUGUAGCAGACUUUGGUGAUGUAAAACAAGCAGCUACUGUGGGUUUAAAGCCAGUUGUUGGUAUUAUCCACAUGGCAAUGGCCUUAAGGGAUCAAGCAUUUGAAAAGAUGACGUAUGAUAGUUGGCACACUACACUUGCGCCCAAAGUGCAAGGAACGUGGAACUUGCACAACGUCUUCAAAGACGUGCCUCUCGAUUUUUUUAUUCUAUUCAGUUCUGUCGUUGCUCUUGGAGGCAACACCGGCCAGGCAAGCUAUACUGCGGCAAAUGCCUUCCUGGAUACCUUCGUUCGCUAUCGGCAAUCCAUGAAUCUGCCGGCUUGGGCGGUCAAUAUCGGGUUCAUGCAAGGCAUUGGUUAUGCGAGCCAGAAUCUAAAGCUUGUGGACACGGCGCUUGCAAAUUCGAUAGAGAUGGUGGAUGAAUCCUAUCUCCUUGAUGCCUUACAGGUGGCAAUGUCAAACUCGAAGGGUGCCGGAUCAGGCCAAUUCGCUAUAGGACUGGGCACGUCAAAGCCUCUUUCUGAUGCUAAAACCCAGCCGCUUUGGCGGCGAGAUGCUCGGUUUACUGUCUAUGAAAACAUUCAAAAACAGGUUGAAAAGAUUGGCACUAUUAGCGGAGCGGACCUUAAAAGCUUAGUUGAAGAGGUCGAGAAGGACCCGAGUAUCCUAGACACGCAAGACACUGAAGAAAAAAUUGCAAAGGAGCUGAGAGUACUGAUCGGCUCACGUGCAGGUCUUGAUGAAAACGCGGAUAAAAAGGAAAUUGAUAAUAUGGCUAUUGAUUCUUUGAUGACGAUUGAGAUUAGAAGUUGGUUCCGCCGAAAUCUGUCCCUGGAGAUUCCAUUAAUGGAGAUCUCAAACGCGAAAACUGUUGGGGGCCUCACGACGACUACUCUCAAUGCCCUACGUCUCAAGUACCAAUCACAAACCUCCGAAGAAGAUGAAGAGGAUUGCGAUGCGCCAGAGGGUGAAGUCUCGGAGAAUGGAGUAUUCGAGGCAGACUUACAGUUAGGGAGCAAGGUGCGGCCACUCCCAGGACCAACUAUCGACUGGAAAUGCGAGUCCGAAGGUCGAGUGUUCCUGACUGGAGCUACGGGUUUUGUAGGGGCAUUUUUGCUUGCUUCACUCCUUGACCAACCAUAUGUCAGAAAAGUUGCUUGUCUUGUCCGAGCAAGCAAUGAAGAUGACGGAAUGGAACGCAUCAGGAAAGCUCUCGAAAAACACGGGAUCCAGAGAGAGCUUGAUGGAAGACUAUUAGUGGUUCUGGGAGAUUUAUCCAGUCCAAACCUAGGUCUCGAGCAGCAGCGAUUUGACGAGCUGUCCGAAUGGGCAAGUGUUGUCUUCCACCUAGGCGCGCGAAUAAACUACCUACAGCCGUAUUCAGCUCAUCGUAUAGCCAACGUCCUGGGAACUUUCAACAUACUUCGUUUUGCAGCAAACAAAAGGCCAAUAGCCCUCCAUUACAGUUCGAGUAUCGCAGCAUGCGGUCUCGGUGCGUUUGUUGGCGAACAGCAUAUUCUAGAAGACGAGAAGCCAGCUGCUGACCUUGGUAACUCCAGCUCUCAAAAUGGAUACCCACAGAGCAAGUAUGUUGUGGAAGCCAUAUUAUGGGAUGCCAUCUCAAACGGGCACCCUGUAGCUAUCUAUCGCUUUGGCCUGGUUCUGGGCCAUAGCGUUAGUGGCAUUGGCAGCACCGACGAUGCCAUCUACAGACUGAUGUCCAGCUGCAUCCAGAUAGGCAGCUAUCCCAUUGCUCCCAAACAGCGGAACCAGUUUAUCCCAGUGGACUAUGUGGUUUCAUGUGUUUUGGAGAUAUCUACUUCAAAUAAGAACCUUGGCCACACCUACAACGUGGUACAACCAGAUCAGAAAGCCGUGGUUGAUUUCCCAGCAACAUUUGACAUGCUGAGCCAAUCCUGCCCAUUCCCGCUACGGCCUAUUCCGUAUGAUGACUGGGUCCAAUCUCUUGCCAAGUUCGAGACCGCUGGAAUGGACGCGUUCCUGACGACUAUGCAACAACGAGAUAAUGAGCGCCACAGCUUCUGGGGGAACAUCCAGGCGGAAGCGCAUACUUAUGGCACUGACAACUUGCGCCAGGCGCUCUCGCAUCGCCCGGAAAUUCUCCAACUUCCGACGAUGGCUCAGCUGAUGAAGAAGUGGUCCAUUCAAUGGAUCCAGGGGGCCACUGCAGGUGUGAGGCAGAUGUCACUGGCUCAUAGAACCAAGUAG